AUCGACACUCCAUUGUGUAUUUCCCUUCCCAAACCGCUCUUUUUCUCGCUGGAAAAAAGGAACUCCGAUUAAUCCAUCUCGAUGGGAAGUAGCAGUGGUAGCGAUGUAGAAGCUGGAUUUGCAAAGCUACAAGGUGAAGAUUUCGAGUAUUACAUGCAAACUUACUCAAUUAUCCUCGGCCGUAACUCCAAAAAAUCAACGGUGGAUGUCGACUUAUCAUCACUCGGUGGUGGAAUGAAUAUCUCACGUCACCACGCACGUAUUUAUUACGACUUUCAACGACGUCGUUUUGCUUUAGAAGUAUUAGGGAAAAACGGGUGUUUAGUUGAAGGUGUUCUUCACUUACCUGGUAAUCCACCAAUUAAAUUAGAUUCACAAGACCUUUUACAGAUUGGAGAUAAAGAGUUUUAUUUCCUUCUUCCUGUUAGGAGUAUUCUUGGUGGGCCUAGACAACAACAUGUGGGGAAAUAUCCCGGGUCGGGUCAAGCGGGUGUGGCCGCCCAUUUGUUGGAGGCGGCCGCGGGGAAUGUGGGUCCCACGGGGUAUGGUGGUGGGGCCCACAUUCGCGAACGGAGAGAGUAUUAUGAGGAGGAAUAUGAUGAUGAUGACAAUGGUGGUUCUGUUGGUAAGAAAAUGAGGAAAGGUGAAGGUUAUGGGUAUGGUUCUUGUGGUUCUAGUGGGAAAGCUUCGAUUUCGGGGCAAUUAGAUAAGAAGAUGGAUGGAAGAUUACGUGCUGACAGAGAUGCUGACAAUCAGCAGCUCCUGCUGUUAGAGGAAAAGGAUGUUGUAUCAUCUGUAGCUAAUGUGCUUUCUGAUCUCUGUGUUCCAGGAGAAUGGAUGCCAAUGGAGAAGCUUCAUGCGGAGUUGGUCGAACACUAUGGCGAUACUUGGCACCAUAGUCGUGUGAGGAGGUACCUAACAUCGGAAGACUAUCCCAGCCCGGAAGCCAAAAUGAAGCCAUGGUAUGGAUUGCUGAUGCUGUUGAGGAAAUAUCCGGAGCAUUUCGUUAUCAAUACACGAUCCAAGGGGCGAGUGACUUUGGAGUUUGUUUGUCUUGUCUCACUACUUUCAUGAGAACUUUGCCAUUUUUUAGACGUCUAGCUAGCUUAAGUUGAGGUUCAAGUCGGUUGUAUCUAACAUGGGGCCUGAACUUGGUGUGCAGAAAUACUUGGUCCUUUCGCUGGUGUGAACAUGAUAAAAUAGUCGAGGUGCGCGCAAGUACCGACCACUACCGUUUUAAAGAUGGAUAUUAUCUCCGAGCCAAAA